AUGAGCCUCAUUUUCCAGCCGCAACAUCUAUCUCCCUGGGCAAUAUUUGCUCAGACAUUACUCGGCUCUGGCGGUAGCACCUCUCUCUCUCUCUGGCCUGGCAUUAAGCCGCAGCAGUUCCCUGGGAGAGAGGACACUGGGGGCGGGGGGUGCAGAGAGACAGAGAGAGAGAAAGCUUGUCUAGAUCAGGCAUUGUUGUUGUUGUUGUUAAUUUGUAUACUGCCCUCCAUCCAAAGAUCACAACAUAAAAAUGCAAAACAAAAACAGAGCAAAAGUGAAGGUUGUCGCCUCGCCUUGCAAACAAAACCCAAAAGUGUUGCCUGCCAGCCUUGCUUGGUCAUCCAAGGGAUAAAGAGACCUGUUUCCUCUACUUCUGGGCAACGUCUCCCUCAGAGCCUUCAGACACACAUGGGCAUCUGGCAGCUAAGCCUCGGGGUAAGAGGCGAGUACAUUGCUUGGUGGCAGCUCCCCGUCCCAAUUUGA